AGCCAAGCCAGGGCCAGAGAGUGGGACCUGCCUGGCUGAGCGGGGAGAGCGACGCUCGGAGCUUUCUCGGGAGCGAAGCAGGUAGCCGGCGCCGAGGCGGCUCUUUGGCUGCCCCCUUUUUCCUUUCAGUCCAGGCUGCCUCGGAGUCGCGGGUCACUUCUUGGGCUCUCAUAAUUUUUAAAAUGGGCCGCAUCUUCUUGGAUCAUAUUGGUGGUACUCGUCUAUUCUCCUGUGCAAAUUGUGACACAAUUUUGACCAACCGCUCAGAGCUUAUAUCUACCCGUUUUACAGGAGCUACAGGACGAGCCUUUUUAUUUAACAAGGUAGUAAAUCUGCAGUACAGUGAAGUUCAAGACCGAGUUAUGCUCACUGGCCGUCAUAUGGUUCGUGAUGUGAGCUGCAAGAACUGCAACAGCAAACUUGGCUGGAUAUAUGAAUUUGCUACUGAAGACAGCCAGCGCUACAAGGAAGGCCGUGUUAUCCUGGAAAGAGCUUUAGUCCGAGAAAGCGAGGGUUUUGAGGAGCAUGUUCCGUCUGAUAACUCCUGAAUGGAAAUCUCUUCAUCUUCGGGCUUUCUUUGUUGAAACUUAAAAAAAGAAAAAUCAACAAAAAAACCCAACCCUUACUUACAUACGCUGUUACCUUAGCAUCUGCGUUGGAUUCAUGAAGAGAGGGAAAGAGAAUUCCAUAUGGAGUGUUCCUUUUUCUUUAUUAUUUUUCUUUUUUUAACCCUUUUCUUGUUAUUCAUAGAGAACGUUAUCUGGAUGCUGUAAUACUUUUUCAGUCUCAGCUAUGUAAGCAUUUGAAGCUACAAAUCAUCCAAAAGGAAUUUGGAAAUUUCUUUUAUUAGAGAAAUCAGUUGUAUUUUAGUUUGUAAAACCUGUUACAUCAUAAGGAUGCCUUUUAAUUUAUUUCCAUUUUGUCCUCAGUUUUUAUUUCAUUUUUAAGCCAGAUUUUCCACCUUACGUGACUGGCUGACGAAGAGGUCUGACCUUGUGAAGAAUGCUGAAAAGAUUCAGUGUUUUAUCCAGUUUGUGCUGGCCACUGAUUCAUAUUCUUGUUGGGGUUCAUUGGUAGAAUGGAAUCUAUGCUUGUCUUUCUUCGUGUAACCCAAAGUUGUUCUCAUUCGUCAUUUACUUAAGCAACACUUUUACCAUGUGGCUGAUGUUCUACUACUUGUUUAAGCAAAUAGGACAAAACUAUGUCUCUAUUUUUCCAAACAUAAUUUAAAAUAUUGAGAAAUGACUGUAUUGGUUCAAAAGUAUGUUGAUAAUUAUGGGGAUUGAGCAAUUAUCUUAUUCCUUUUCCUUCUUAGUUGAUCUUAAAUAGAAACUUAGUCUUGGAGUUUAUUCCCCCCUUUAUUUUUUGCUUAACCUUUAGUUCCGCAUUAAAACCUGGCUAUGAAGAAGGAGGGCACGUAUACAUUCAGGCAUUUAAUCCAUGCCUGUUUAAAUAGCUUACAACUUGUCUUCAGAUGCUGCUUCUGAUGUCAAAGCUUAGAUCUUAGAUGCAUCUUAUCUUUGUGAUGCUGGGCCUUUGCUGCUUUUACCAGCACAGGAAGCUCAUUAGGCUGUACCUUGUAAGUGAAUGAUCUGGUGCUUCCUUUAGCAAGUUACUUGUGUUGCAGUACUGAUUCUUCAUCAGAGCAAAUAUUUCUAUAUACUCUCCUUAGUCACAGGUACCCAAAUGUUGCUGCUGGCAUGGCCUUCCCUCAAUGGCAUGUUUUUGGAAAUCCAAGAGCUGAAUCCUAUAGGACUAAUCACAACUUUGUACUCUUCUUGUCAGUACUAAAUAUUUCAUAAAUAAGGACAUAUAUGAAAUGUGCUUUACUGCAAUAGAUUCCUAAGCGCUUGUUAAAUUCUAUCAUUGAGCAAAGAAUACAAAAGAGUAUUUCUAUAGUUGGUGAGAUACUGGUAAUAACUUUAAUCUUCCUAACCAUACUGGUAAUGGCUGGGAUAGGAAGUGAUACCAUUGCAAGUGUCUUUAGGAAUUAUGUUCUCUGAAGAUGUCUCUGAUAUCAUACAUAAGUAGCAGGCUGAAGGGGGAUGGGAUUGUGGUUAUAUUUUUUGCACUCCAGAGGUGGCACUUUGCCAUCCCUCUUAGUUUGAUCUUUUAAAAAUUUCUAUUACACAUUUUAGAAGGACAAGAUGUACCGGUAGAUGCAUCUAAGUUCAGUAAAGAUACUUAAAAUAGUGUAGUGAAUAGUCUUUAAUAUUGAUUUCAGUAAUAUCCCCUUUAUUUUACUACUCUGAUGAUCUGUCAUUGGCAUGGUCUUUGAUGUACUCUUCAUGUGUUUUGAUAUUGCAGUACAAUAAAGUAUGUUUCGUCCUG